GGAAUCAAGCAGGAUCGGUGGCAGCAAGUCACGCUGCCCUCUUCGCUUCAGAAAUCCAGCCCUGGAUCUGGCAAGGAAGCAGCUAUCGUAGGGGUCAGAGAGAGACAGGAAUUCCUCUGCAGGGCUCAAGAAGCAGAAGAAUUUGGGGGCUUGGCUAUCCUUUUACCUUAAAUGAAGGACCGAUGGCUGUUUGCUUUGCCUAUAACCAGCUGGGUCUGAAUGGCCUGGCUCCUGUGCGCGUGGAAACCUGCAGAAGAUUUUUUACCUCACAGAGUUGAAAGUCUGACAUUAAAAAUAAACAGCAGUACAGCGUAAAUAUUUAUUUAUUUGCAAGCCACUGGGUUUAACUUAGUGGCAAACAGCCUCCAUUCAACUUUGAAAAGCGACUUCAGAGAAACCUCAAGCUGCACCGUCAAGGGUGGGAGCAGGGAAAGCAUUGAAUGGCAGAAGGAUGCAAGCUGGGAAGUAAAUGGAUUUGACUCGAUUAUUUCUUAACCCUCCCAGUUCAUUUAGUUGUGAUUUUCCCUGGCAGACUUUCUCCUAUAGCCGAAGGUUGAAAUUACAAGAGCUGCAUCUUUGUCGUGUGGUGCUUUUUGUUUUGUUUUGUUUUGGGGGGGUUCUGAAAAUUCUGUAUUCCUGGGGAAAACACUUCCAACCCAUUUCCUCCUCCAGCCCUCGCAGGGAGAGAAGGCAGCGUGCUGUGGAACAGAACUCUUCUGAGAGCUAAAGGGGGGGAGGGGAUUUCUGCAACCCAAAGAAAGCGAGGACACUAUGCAGGUUUCUUUUGUAUGCUCAGAGCACAGCAUAAAGAGCCGGAGUGCAGACGAUCGACUGAACAGACAAAAUGCCAGCAGUCCCAGCCUUGGCACGCGGAGCAAAUUCCGAGCAGUCGCCAUGGUUGCCCGGAGUCUGGGGCAGCUGUCUGUGCAAAAUGCCCCAUCCUCAAGUGACUCCAGCGUGAAACAGCCCGGAAUGAAAUAUAGAAAUCUUGGGAAAUCGGGGUUGCGAGUGUCCUGCCUUGGCUUAGGAACAUGGGUGACGUUUGGAGGGCAGAUUACAGACGAGAUGGCAGAACAGCUGAUGACUUUAGCAUAUGACAAUGGCAUUAACCUGUUUGACACAGCAGAAGUCUAUGCUGCUGGGAAGGCUGAAGUUGUGUUGGGAAAUAUUAUUAAGAAGAAGGGUUGGAGGCGCUCUAGCCUGGUCAUCACAACCAAAAUCUUCUGGGGAGGAAAAGCAGAGACUGAGAGGGGACUCUCCAGAAAACACAUCAUAGAAGGUCUGAAGGCUUCCUUAGAACGGCUGCAGUUAGAGUACGUGGAUGUCGUGUUUGCUAACAGACCAGAUCCCAACACACCCAUGGAAGAGACGGUGAGAGCAAUGACCCAUGUUAUCAACCAGGGAAUGGCCAUGUACUGGGGAACGUCGCGCUGGAGCUCCAUGGAGAUCAUGGAAGCUUACUCAGUGGCACGGCAGUUUAACCUAAUCCCGCCGAUUUGUGAGCAAGCCGAGUACCACAUGUUCCAGAGGGAGAAGGUGGAGGUGCAACUCCCUGAGCUCUUUCACAAGAUCGGGGUUGGCGCCAUGACCUGGUCCCCGCUGGCCUGUGGAAUUGUUUCUGGAAAAUAUGAUGGUGGAAUCCCCCCUUACUCUAGAGCAUCGCUGAAGGGAUACCAGUGGCUAAAAGACAAGAUCCUGAGCGAAGAGGGAAGGAGACAGCAAGCAAAGCUGAAGGAGCUGCAAGCCAUUGCCGAGCGCCUGGGAUGCACCCUGCCACAGCUCGCCAUCGCCUGGUGCCUGAGGAACGAAGGAGUCAGCUCCGUUUUGCUAGGCGCUUCCAAUGCAGAGCAGUUAAUGGAGAAUAUCGGAGCAAUACAGGUUCUUCCAAAAUUGUCCUCUUCCAUUAUACACGAGAUUGAUAGUAUUUUGGGCAAUAAACCAUACAGCAAAAAGGACUACAGAUCCUAACUGUGCCUACUGUCCCCCUGGACUCACUCUCAACUCCUAGCCUUCUGUUUGCUUGCUUAAGCUUUACUGAAGCCAAGUGAAGAGUGUGAUUGGCAUCAAAAGAAUACAACAUGGCAAGAUGUGUUAGAGAAAUUGUUUAAAAUGUUGCUGCAAGAUGACAUAUGCUUAUUAUGUAACAUUUAUUUUGAAUGCAAGAAGAGUCACCGAUUGGGAAGGGUAUGCCAGAGCUGUGAUUUUACCCUAGAUGAUUGGCCUCUGUGCUUCCUUUUUUAAAAGAAGAAACUACUUUUUUCACAAACACA